CUAGUGCAGUGCAAACCAUGGAGGAGGAGACCUUGUCUUUAAUCCGCCAUGGAUGCAAGUUGGCUAGAGACCUUGAAUCAAAUCUUUCAAACUUGUCAAACCAACCAAUUUUUCUCGCAAGCUCAUGUGACGAUAUCGCCAAAGCCUUCAAGACCGCAAUGGAUCGACUGCACCCUCACAACCCAUCUUCCGAUCUCCACUUGGUUUUCCGUGAACCCCAACAACCUCCGGCACUUGAUGCGUGUGUGCAGGGCCAGGAAUGGAUCAGGACAAGUUACCCACAGGCAGUGGAUCUUGUCCAGACUCGAUUCAUUGCUGACAGGAACCCGUUUGACGGGCGUGUGUUGCUGCCGGAGAGUAGGGUUAGUACGGUCGAAGGUUCUGCACGGUCGAAGAGCGGAGGAGAGACACACGCAGCGGAAGAGUCAGAUUCCGGCAAGAAUCCAGCGGUUCAAAAAUUAAGAAGGAGGUUAGGACUUACAAUCCUUGAGAAGCUUUCCAUUGUUUUAAACUUAUUGCGAAUUUAA